AUGCGCGAAGCAUCCCCACUGAAGACGAUGUUACCUGUGUCCCAACGGACUACGAAACCUCGACGGCCAAACCAUCGACGAACGCGUUCGAUUGCAUUUUCGCGACGGGUCUACAUCGAUAACUUGAGAGCGACGCUGGUCGUUCUGCUUGUUGCUGAAACAGGUGUUAGAAGAACCCUAAAAGCUUCGGGCCUGGUGGAACGAUGCUUGGACUCGAUUCCACUGGCCCUACUGCUCGCCUUUACCGCUGUCGCAAGGACUUUCGUGCAGGGAAGCCUUUUCCUGAUAUCAGGUUAUUGCUCGUAUCUUUCUUUCCAUGCGCGGGGAUCCGUCGCAAGCUUUUUGCGAUCAAGGACCAUCCGGUACCUCCUCCCAGGUGCCUUAGCAUAUGUCCUCCCCUUCACAGCGCAAGGUUAUUUCCAAGGAGAUUGGGAUCACAUGAAGGAAUCCCUCCGACUCCCGACCAUCCUUUUCUCCCCUGACACCCACUUCCUCAUUCGAGUGUUCACCUUCGACCUCGCCUACGCCCUGUUCCAACAUUACCAAUCCCAUUCGUUUGUCGAUUUCCCUUUACCUUGGUCAUCAAGCGUCCGGCGUUUCCUAUUUAUCUGCACGUGUAUCGCGUUUUGCACGAUUACUGUUGCGAAGAUUGGUGGAUCGAACCAUUGGUUCGCUUUGCCGGCUUACAUCACUGGUGUUGUCUACCUUCCGGAUUUGCACCAGUAUUUCGCCCGCGGGAACAUUGAGGAUGGCGACCCCAUUGACUUGGGGGUUCUACCGACAAGUUCGAAGACUCCGCCGACUCCCCGAUCCAUUCCUUCCGCCUUAAUUCAACCACAGAUAAUACUCCCACUCGCCCUCGCAACAUCGCCCCUCGCACUUAUCGCCCUCAACGUCGUGAGCAACCCUUCCUAUCCUUUAUCGUUUCAAAGCAUGUGCGGCACGCUUUGGGACGCCACCAUUCCUACCACCCUUCCGUUCAGUACACCCAGGGAGCUCUGGAUCUACGCAUCUUGGUGUGCUCUCUCCUUCUCCACAAUCUCUGCAUCCCUUCUCCUUGCCUACGGUACUCGCUACGCCACAGGCAUCGACACCUGUUCACGCCACAGCAAAUGCCGGGGGUCUGAAGGACCAGCGUUGUAUGCGAUACAGUGGGCAAGGCAUGCAGUCACUCGCCAUGUCUACCUGCAGGCGUGGGUUGGAUUCGUUGUGGUUGAGGCCCUCACUGGACCUCUCCUGGGCCCGAGAAUCGGACGUGUUUCAUCCCCAAUAUCAGAACAUCUGCGAACAUUGUUCGAGAUGGUUUCGCCCAUGUCCUCCAUUGGCGCCGUACUGUCUGCCCAAGCUAUCUCUGUCGCUGUUGUUGCUGUAAUAUCAGCGUGGACUGGGGCACUAUUCAUUUCGUUCAUCUCGAUGAACUUCUCCAAAGCGUUCCAUAGGACCUGA